UCGACCGACAGCCUUACCCUUUUGCACAUUCAUGGAAAACCCUAAGAGCCCAAUGGCCAACGAUCCCGGUAAGCCGGAAAAGUCCAGGCCACGCUUCUGCACCCUGUUGAACCAUGAGGUCGUCGAUCCCAAAGAGUUCAUGGUGCACUUCGCCAAGCGGAGGAAGAAUGAAAUCAUAAUCCAGGGUCAGGUCUGCGGUUGGUGCUACAACAUAGAUUACUUAAAAGAUGAAAAAACAAAGUUCAAGAAGAAGCGGCCCAAUCUUUCGGAUGCGAGCGUCACCAAGCAGCGCGCCACCUCACCACGAAGAGGAGCAAUUGCAGACAACCCUCGUCAAUUGGGUGGUGAUCAGCACUGCUCGGAAAAGAGUUUUGCGCCCUCUGGUGACGAAAUACCCACACCACGUGAUUUGAAGGACAAACCUGGUGACCUUGCCUAAGGUCCGAUACUGAAGUGGCCAUAAAGCGAUUUCAAUUUGUAACAUGUUUUCAUUGAUAUAAUCCAAUAAAUGAUACGCCGGCUGUCUUG